AUGUAUGACUACUGCCCUUUGGCACUUUACAGCGGUGAACGCUCAAAAAUGGAAUAUGCUCUUGCCUCCUUAAUUUACGACCCUCAUAGAAAUCUUCGAAUUUUUGUUGACGGAAAUUCAGUUCAUGAUGAUUCUGAUUCUCCAAAAAAUUUUGAUGAAAAAAUUCUUUCUGACUUAAUAUUUCCUGGCACUCCAAAUGCUAAUAUUCAAAUAUUUAUUAAAAUUGUUUGUUUUUCUUUUUUAAUUUUUUUAAAUCUUUUUCGUCUUUUACUCAAAUUAUUCUUUCAAUUCAAAUUUAUUUUUAAUUUAAUUUUAAAGGUAACUUGCAUUCUUGCCGGUGUCAACGAUGACCAAAAACCAUUUUCUCUACAACAAAGCAGCGUUCUUUUUGAUUUGCUCAAAGCCCAAAAAAUUGACAAUAUUGGAAUUGUUCGUGCUUACGAGCUUUAUAAAAGUCUUCCACAAAAUAUACAGAGAGAAUUGCAGAAAAAAUCGAAUCUUUUGGGACGGGGACUUGACUUUUUAGCCAAAAGGGAUGCUCGUUCUCUUGUUGAAAGAUAUUUACUUGCCGCAACAAUGAAAGAUUGCUCCUUAAUGAUAAGUAUUCGACUUGUUGACAAAAUUGGAGAAAAUAUAGUUAGGACAGUUGGGGGAGGUUCUGGGUUUGUAAGUGUUCGUGCUUUGGAUGGUCAAUCUCUUUAUUUUGCCUUUUCUAAUCUAGAAAGUGCCUAUAGCCGUUUUAUGGCAGGUAUUGGACUAAUUAAAUCACAUCCAAAUGUUCACCGUCCUUGUAUCACUUAUUAA